CCACUGAAUGUUUAGUAGAGUACAUUGAAAUCAAGGUUUUGGCGGGUCAACAAUGACGGAAGUUAUGCCCAUAUCUUUAGUCAAUUUUAAUGCUGAUAAUGGAUAUUUAGAGGGUCUUGCACGUGGGAUAAAAGGUGGUCUUCUUAAGCAGGCAGAUUACAAUGUGUUGGUUCAGUGUGAAACACUAGAUGAUCUGAAGCUUCACUUACAUGACACAGACUACGGGGAAUUUUUAGCCAAUGAACCUGGACCCUUAACUGUUGGAAUCAUCGAGGAAAAAAUUCGGGAGAAAUUUGUGGCUGAAUUUCGCCAUAUACGGAACCAAGCUGUGUACCCCUUAUCCCUAUUUUUGGACUACAUCACCUACAGUUAUAUGAUUGAUAACAUUGUGCUACUAAUAACAGGAACAUUACAUGGAAGGCCAAUAUCCGAGUUGAUGGCUAAAUGUCAUCCAUUGGGCACAUUUCUCGAAAUGGAAACAUUAAACAUAGCCACAAAUCCAGCCGAACUGUAUAAUGCAGUGCUUGUAGACACACCUUUAGCUCCUUUUUUCAGCGAUUGCAUAUCGGAACAGGACCUAGAUGAGUUAAAUAUUGAGAUAAUACGUAACACCCUAUACAGAGCAUAUAUUGAAGACUUCUACAACUUUUGUAAAUCUUUGGGUGGCAUUACAGCAGAGGUGAUGUGCGAAUUAUUAGCUUUCGAAGCUGAUAGAAGAGCAUUUAUUAUUACCAUCAACUCCUUCGGGACAGAACUGUCAAAUGAGGAUCGGUCUAAACUGUAUCCUCGUUGUGGCAAGCUUAACCCAGAGGGACUCGUUCAACUUGCUAAGGUGAACGAUUACGAACAAGUUAAGGCAGUUGCACGGUAUUAUUCGAAUUACGCACCAUUGUUUGAAGAAACUGGUGAAGGUUUUGGAGACAAAACAUUGGAAGAUAAGUUCUUUGAAUAUGAGGUAGGGUCAUCCAUUUAUCGUUAUACUCUUUUUUGAUUUGGUUUUUAUGUAUCUCAGCUGAAGAUAAAAAUUGCAAUGACCAUGUGUAACAACUUGGACCUUCCGAAACAUAAAAAUGAAAUAAGUUGUUUUGUUAAUUCUCCUACCCUUACAUUCAGAACCUUGAUGGUGUAUACCAUUCUAUCCCCUGUCUACUUUAAAAAUGUUGUUGUCGGGUUGUUUCAGUAGAUUUUCGCGUUUGACCAUAAAUCAUUCAGUAUAAUAUUUUAAAUAUUUUAAUCCUCAAUCGAAUUCGGUUUAAGUAACAGGACUGUUCAGUGGGUUUCUUUAGACAUCAAAAAGUAGUACGUUGCAGUAAGGAUUAAAACAUUGUUUAAUUUGUGGAAAAUAUUCCAAACAAAGCAAUGAAAGUAGAAUUACAACCGGUAAGUCUUAGGAGAUUAUGCACUUUGUUGCAUCCGUAACUUAGUUUUAAGCUCCAAAAAUAUGGGUAUUCAUUGAAAUGCUUACUAACAGAUAUGAGUUGUGUUCCGUGAAAUGCAUUUCGAGGGAAGAAUAAAAAAGCUCCAACAAGUGCAAUACACGGAGGAAGACAUCUUUUGUAGGAGAUAUACAUAAUCUAUUCCACUACUAUGAGUGUAGAAAAGGAGAAAUAUGUUAAUGGGUUACUAACUUUAUAACCUUGUUAACAUUUAAAUGUUGAACAUCAAACGGUGCAAAUUAAAUUAUAUUGUGAUCAAAUCCGGAAAUAUAUUACUACUAAUAGCUACUUCUAUAAUUUUGGUUUUAAAACCACAUUGCUACUGUGCAAUUCAGUCACCAACUGUGCGUGUGUUUGAUUCAUUUAUAAGCAGGAAAUUAUACCGUGCUAAGUUUAUUAAGUGCGUCAGUGGUACAGUGGUAGAAUGCUAGCCAACCACGCAGGUGGUGCGCGGUUCGAACCCCUGCCAACGCAUUCCUUUAUCUCGCUAAGCCACUAAUAAGAAUGGUAAAGAGGGAAGGUUGGGUAUAAUCUAGCAACCUCAUCUCGUAAAAAACACCACUGCUACUGAAACUUCAAAGCUAUGUUGCACUGGGAACGUAAGGGAAUAAAAUUUAAUUAAUUAAAAAUUAAGUUUUUUAAAGCAUUUCGAAUACAUGUGUGCCAUCUUAAUAGUUAAAUCUUCCUAAAAUUUACUUAUUUCUUUCACGUAAGCGAGAUGAGUACCGUGAAACAAUCAUUGUAACUACCAUACUUUUGAAAUAAUAAGGAUUCAGUGUAUGAUUUUGAUGUGGUUGCAUGUCCUGUGAGCUGAGUGAUUUAGCCGCAAACCUUUCAUUGUCCUUCUGGACAAGCGCAAGCUUGAACAUGAAAUGAAGCUACUUGAAUUUUCCAUGGAUGAUAUACUUGUAUCUCCUGACAACCUUCAUCGUAAAUGGUUGUUAGUUUACAUCAAUAUUGGUCGUUUGUAUUGAAAUGGAACUUAACUCUUUGUCAUGUGACGUAUUUUUAAUUAGCUGAUAAAUUUGAUCCGUAGUAAUGUGUGCUACAUUUCCACGUUGGAUUAUUCUUCCUCAUCUUGUGAAUAGGGUUUACUAGACUUGGAAUUUUAAACCUCCUCGAAUAGCUUUUAUUUCUAUUCCGUGUAAACUCUCUACGAAUAACUACACGUCGUGAGUCCAGUUCAUGGGUUUUGUUGUCAUUUGAAGGAGGUCAAGUAAUGAACGUAUCCCUCUAGAUUGAGUGAACUUUUUGUGAACCCUGCUCAAAUGAUGCCUAGAAUGUCGAUUCACCGUUGUAUUUGACCAACUUGUUUGAUCGUUAUAUUUCUGUGAUUUAUUCUGUUAUAGGUGCAGCUAAAUGUUGAUGCUUUCUUACAACAAUUCCACUAUGGCAUAUUCUACGCCCUUCUUAAAUUAAAAGAACAAGAAAUGAGAAACAUCGUUUGGAUUGCUGAGUGUGUUUCACAACGUCAUCGUACGAAGAUUGACUCUUACAUCAAUAUUAUGUAGCUAUCAUUUUAUUAGGAUUUGAUGUUAUGUUUAAAAGUUUUUCCACGCCUAAAACAAAUUCCAAGCAUAAUAACGUUUAACUUAUCAUUUCUAUUAUAUCUGACUUUGAAUUUACUUAUAUUUUAAACACUUGAAAAUUAUAUUAUUUUAUCAAUGAUUAUUGGAAAGUUUUACUCUUAAUUUUAAAAGCUAUAAUUUUGUUUUCUGAUAAAAUUUUCAAUUCGUUACUUCCAUUCUUUUUUUAACAAUUGAUUACUUGUUAUUAUUAUUACAGAAUGUCAGUAAAUUCCAAGAUGAUAACUGUCGUUUUUUGUUUCAACACAGCAUACAAUUCGCUCAUUGUUUGGCGGAAUUCACGUCCUUUAUUAUUAAAUAUUCGUCUUCAUAUUGUCCUUGAAAGUGUUCCGUGAUAUCGAAGCCUAGUAGUUAGAAAGGUUUCGGAAUUCGGACUAGUGUCUACUGACUAGAUUACCAGUAUUAUGAUAGUAUAUCCGAUGAAUUAUUUAUUUUCGACCCAAAGUCAGUUUCAUUUUGCAUUAAAGUAGUUUUUCUUUAAGGCGUGAUUCUAUUUAUUAUAAAUAAACUUCCUUAUCAGAUAAA